CAGAAUUGUGAGCGGAGUGCUGAUUGUUUAAUGGAUUACCUAGUUCUUGCCAAAUCAAUGAGAAGCAAUACCAAGCCAUAGCAAUUAAAGGAGAACGUGCUACAAGACCCCUUUACAUCCUCUCUUGAGUAGCUGGGACAAAAUAUGUCAGUUAGAGCGAGGUCGGGCCUUACGACGGUUCGGAACGCCUGCUCCAUGGUUGGUGCGUCUCGAGACAUAGGUUUCCGGGCCCGUGUGGCGUCCAGAUUCUCUACAUCGUCGCACCAAGGAAAGCACGUCAAGCCGUUGAUUCAGGACAAAGACAAUGGCUUGGGCUUCGUCAGGUCGAACCGGUUGUCAUCAAAGCCGCGCACGCGAGGAGUGACCGAGAUUCGCGGUCCAUACUACGCUGUAAUGGGAAGGGGAUAUUUGGCAGAUAUCCUCGAAACGAUGGGUGAAUAUGUUGAUGGCCUCAAAUUUUCCGGGGGCUCGUUUUCUCUUUUUGAGGAAGAGAAGCUGCGAGAAAUGAUUGAUUUGGCGCAUGAACAUAACGUUUACGUCUCCACGGGUGGUUGGGCAGAACAUCUUCUAACUCACCCGGACAACGCCACUGUCCUCGAGAAGUAUUUUGCAAAGUGCAAAGAACUCGGGUUCGAUGUGAUAGAACUCUCAGCAGGGUUCCUUUCAUUUCCCGGCGAUGAUUGGCUUCGCUUGGUUGACAAAGUGCAUUCGUAUGGACUCACAGCCAAGCCAGAAUUGGGGAUCCAGUUUGGGGCUGGAGGAGACACGUCAGCCGAAGAACUUGAGGCCCUUGGCACAAGCGACCCAGGGAAGCUUAUCAACCUUGGUCGACGAUUCCUUGACGCAGGAGUGGAGCGUCUCAUGAUCGAGAGCGAAGGUAUAACAGAGAACGUGAAAAGCUGGAGAACGGAUGUCGUUUCCACCAUAAUGAAAGAAUUGCCCCCGGAACGGGUCAUGUUUGAAGCUGCAGAUCCAUCGGUGUUCAACUGGUAUAUACGCGAGUUCGGUGUUGAUGUUAACCUUUUUGUCGAUAAUUCCCAGAUCGUACAGUUGAGCUGCCUCCGUCGUGGUAUCUGGGGAACUGCCGAUACUUGGGGUAAGAUUGUUUCCUAUAGGCCCGAAUAA